AUGGACGAUCUCUCGGCCAUCGAUUGGUCCAAACCCUCAGGCUCGGCCUUGGGCUCGGGCCUUGAGCCCAAAUCCAGCGCGAACCCGUCGUAUCCGCCGCUGCGUCCAACGCCAUCCCCCCUGGCCUCUGGUCGCAAUACGCCAUUGCCUGCACAAGGCUCGGCUGGCUCGCCGUCGAGGCCACCGCCUCCAAAGUCGGACCAGGACAGCUUCAGCCAUUUGUUGAGCUUCGUGCCCGCAAAGACGCCGCAGAGCCUGACGCUCGCCGAACGGCAAGCCCAGCUCGAGGCCGACAAGAGGAAAAAGGCGGAGGAGCAGAGGAAACAGGCGGAGGCCCAGUUUGGGAGCGGGCAGCAGUUGGAUGCCUUGGGCUCGCGCCCCUUCACGCCGAGUCCGAGCUUCCAGUCGACCGUGGUCCCCAACGGAGCCAAGAAGGCGGAUGACGACCUGCUUGCAAACUUCCAAAAAGGCACCAAGGUCGACAAGCCGACCCUCCACCCGCCGCCCGAAUCUUCCAAGACGUCGACGCCGGGGAGCGACGCACGAAGCUCGACCCAUCCCAAGGCCUGGGGUUCGGCGACGGGGUCCAGCGGCAACAGCUUCGCCGCCGAGGAUGACGAUCCUUUCGGCCUAAACGAGCUCAAACCCGGCAGUGCCCCGCCCGUGCCGGCACCGCCGAACGCGGCCGAAGAUGAUGACUUCCUGGGCGAUCUUGCGAGACCGGUAGACGAGGUUCGAAAGAAGCAGCAGCAGGCGGCACUGCCCGACCCCGGACCGGCCACCAAGAACGCAGGCCCCGGCUCGUCCGAAAAUGCGAGACGGGGAAGCAAACCGGGAGCGGACAAGGAGACGGAUAGAGCCAUCGCGGAGCUCCUCGACUACGGCUUCACCCUCGAGCAGGCGAGGCAAGGCCUGGCCAGGAGCGGCGGCGGACUCAACGUCGAGGCCGCCGCCAACUGGCUCUUGGACGACGCACACCGAAAGUCGAAAGCAAAGUCACAGGCCGGAGCCUCAUCCCACACUCGGGGCCGCAGCUCAAGCCUGCUCGAGCAAGGGGCCGCCGCCGACUUUACCAAGUCCGCCGCUGCGGUGGGGAGCAGCCUGUUCAAGACGGCCAACUCGCUGUGGAAGACGGGCCAGAAGAAGAUGCAACGGGCCGUCGCCGACUUUCAUCACGAAGGAGGGGACCCAAGCGAGCCCAAGUGGAUGCGCGACGCUCGUGCGCAUGAGUCGAGGCAGAUGAGCUCGCAAGCCACCGACGAGGCCCUCGUCCUCGAGGCGGCCGCCAGAUCAAGGCCGAGCCGCCCCAACAACCGGCCCUUGCUAGCCCCGUCGUCGGGCAGCCAGGCCCGGAGCAGGUCGGCACCGCGCUGGCAGCAGCACUCCACGUCCCCUGUCACGGCCGGGGCGAGAUCCAGACUCGACAGGCUCGGAUCGGACGACGACAGCUUCGCCCCGCACGUCAGCGCAAGCAGGAGGAAGAAGGCGGCUCCUCCGUCCGAGCCCGAGGCGAGCAGACGGGAGUCGGUGCCCGAUCUGAUCUUCACGUCGGAGGCCCCCAAAGCGCACGAGCCGGUUGCCCAUCGUCCGGCACGCGCACAACCACAGCCGCUCGCACGCCAGAAUGGACAGCCGCAAACUACACUAGCCGCCGCCGCAAGUCGCACGAGGCCGCCACCGGCGCGCCAAGUGCCGGCAGUCGACCCUUCCGCCCUGCAGAGUUCUGCGAAGCAUCGACUGAUGGGGACGGCGCAUUUCAAGCGUGGCGACUACGCCAUGGCCCAUUCGUCUUACACAUCCUCGAUGUCGUCUAUCCCUCCUGCCCACCCCUUGAUGAUCGUCCUGCUCACCAACCGAGCGCUGACGGCGUUGAAAACGGGGGAGCCGAAGCAGGCCGUGUCCGAUGCCGACGACGCCCUCAAGAUCAUCGGGCCCGGGAAAGGGCAAGGGGAAGGCGUGAGCGUGCAGGGAAACGACGGCGAGGAAGAGAAGAAGGACAUGAAGGAGCUCUACGGCAAGGCGCUGAGCCGCAAAGCCGAAGCUCUGGAGCAGAUGGAGAAGUGGGCCGAAGCCGGUGCCGUCUGGCAGCAAUGCGUCGAGGCUGGCGCGGGCGGAUCGACGGCGGUCAAGGGUCGACAGCGAUGCCAGGAUGCGCUCGCGCCAAAGCCGGCCAAGGCCGCGCCGAAGCCGACGGCGAAGCCCAGGCCGAAGCCCUCUGCUGCGGCGUCCCAGAAGAGCUCCGAGGCUGUCACGCGGCUCCGCGAGGCGAAUGAGGCGGCGGCGAAGGACGACGACGAGAGGUUUGCCCUCACCGACAAGAUCGACGCCCGAGUGGCUGCCUGGCGGGACGGAAAGAGGGACAACCUUCGAGCCCUGCUGGGCAGCCUCGACAAGGUGCUUUGGGAGAACAGCGGGUGGAAGAGCGUUGGGCUGCACGAGCUCGUCAUGGCGAACAAGGUCAAGAUUUCGUACAUGAAGGCCAUUGCCAAAACGCACCCAGACAAGCUUCCACAAGACGCGAGCACCGAAGUCCGGCUCAUUGCCGGCGUCGUCUUCAGCACCCUCAACGAGAGCUGGGACAAGUUCAAGGCCGAGAACGGGCUUUGA